GUACUCGCACGCACCCGCCGAGCUCGGCGAAGAGCGCGGGAUUCCUCUCGCGCAGUACGUGGACGCUCCCAGGCAGCCGGCGUGGAGCGUGUUCGUGAAGGCCACGGCGCCCGGCGCCGAUUCCAUGGCGCUGCCCCCGAGCGCGCUCUUGAGAGAGGAGGAGGCCAGCUUGCCGGCCCUGCGCUCCGUCCAGGAGGAGGCCGCGGUGGACGCGCGGCUGCGCAGGAGCCUCGAGCCGCCCCACGUGUGCGAGUGGACGGUGUACUACGACAAGUGGAUCCCAUCCUUCCAGGGCGGCGAGUACGAGCCCAACAACGCCUUCGGCGGCGCCCACUGCCUCGAGGCCUGCUGCGAGGACCCGUCCUGCAAGGGGCUGGCCUUGGAGUCGUCCGAGAUGUACCAGUGCUACAAGUACGGGGCUGUGCCCGCCGGCGUCGGCGGCAUGCAUGGGGAGGCCCUGGGCGACGGCGCCUGGCUGCGGCACCGCAGGACCGCGUGGAGCAUCAUGGUGAAGGUGGAGAAGCCCCUUCAGCCCGCCUCGGCGCUGGCGGAGCGGCGGCCGGCGGCGGGGUCGGGCCGGGACGCCUCCGCGGCGGCGGGCUGGCUGCCCCUGCUGGCGCACGUGGCGGCCCUCGUGGCGAUGGUGGCGCUGCUCGUGGGCAGCCUCACUACCGCGCUGCAGCGCGUCGAGCUCGUUGGCAAGAAGUUCAUCGGCGGCGCCCACGACCCGGAGGUCACGCGCCUGCUGGAGGUGGCGGGGCUGCCGAAGGCGCGGCCCAGCUGA